CCGACGUGGAAGCAGUACUCUCUGUGAGGAGAAAAAUAAAUCUCAUUUUGGAAAAAAUUGUCGGAGAGACAGAAACCACGAAACGGAAUGGCCUCUGCUAACACUUCCGGGUCUGAAGAGAACUUUUCAUGUUCCAUCUGUCUGGAUGUGUUCAACAAUCCAGUUUCCACACCAUGUGGACACAACUUCUGCAGAACAUGUAUUACAAAGUACUGGGAUGAACAAGUCAAGUUCAAAUGUCCUCUUUGCAACAUGGCUUUCAACACAAGACCUGAUUUACGGAUUAAUACCCUCUUAUCAGAGCUGGCCGCUCACAAAGCAGAUGCAGACAGAGAGAUAGUCGAUGGUGUGCACAUCCUCACUGCUUUGAAGCGCUGCAUUGAAAAGUGCCAGGAUGACCUCAACCAAAUGGUUAAAGAGAAACUUAAAUCCACAGAGAAACAAGCUGAAGACCUCAUCAAAGAGCUGGAGCAGGAAAUAGAAGAUCUGACCAAUAGAUGCUCAGAGGUGAAGCAGCUCUCACACACUGAAGACCACCUCCACUUCCUCCAGACAUUCAGAUCCCUGAAGGAUCCUCCACCCACCAGGGACUGGACCACGGUGGAGGUCCGUCCUCCGUCAUACGUAGGGACCUUGAGGAGAUCCCUGGAUCAGCUGGAGGAGACGCUGAACAUGGAGAUGAAGAAGCUGCGUGAUGCUGAACUGAAGAGGGUCCAGAAGUAUGAAGUAGAUGUGACUCUGGAUCCUGAUACAGCUGCUUCCCAGCUCAUCCUGUCUGAGGAUGGGAAACAAGUACAUGAUGGAGGUGUAGCGAAGGCCCUCCCAGACAACCCUAAGAGAUUUACAAAAAAGGUACGUGUUCUCACGAGGCAGAGCUUCUCCUCAGGGAGAUUUUACUUUGAGGUCCAGGUUAAAGACAAGACUGCGUGGUGGUUAGGAGUGGCCAGAGAGUCCAUAGACAGAAAAGAUCUGAUCAUAGUGACACCUGAGAAUGGUUACUUGGCUCUCUUCUCUUACAAGGAUGCAUUGGUAUUUAGAGAUAACCCUGAUGUCCGUCUCCCUCAGAGAGCUGAGCUCCAGAAGGUGGGGGUGUUUGUUGAUUAUGAUGAGGGUCUGGUCUCCUUCUACGAUGUGGAAGCCAGGGUUCAUAUCUACUCUGCUACUGGCUGCAGCUUUACUGAGCCUCUCUAUCCAUUCCUCGGUCCAGGUCCCUGUGAUUAUGGAGGUAACAACUCUGCCCCCCUAAUCAUCUUACCUGUCAAUCAAACAGACUAGGACCUUUGUUUGAUAAUAAAAUAAUCAAACGACCAAAACAACUAAUGCUGUUUCAUGAAUUAGAAUCUCUACCAUGUUAGAUCUGAGAGAACUGUAUUCAUAUCUUACUGCUGUCAUGUAACAAGGAGUAAUUCAGGAGGAAGUGAACCCUGAUUAUUAUAAAUGAUAAACCAUUCUAAAUUAUUAGAUAACAUUGUAUUCUUCAUUGUCUGUUUUCUCCAGUCUUUUAAGGUUUACUGCGAUACAAUUGUUAAUGGUUGCAGUCAUUUAUAGCAUGGUUUCAGGAUUGAUAUGUAUUUUAUAAUCAUCUCAACAUUAUUGUUAGUUUAUACUUCAGAAUCAUAAAUGACAACAUAAUCAAAUGUAAAAAUACUUUUCUGAUGUUAAUAAAAAUGGAAAAACAGCUGAUGAGUCAAUGACUCUUAAUGUCCACCAUACAACAAUCCAACAUGUGUAA